CAGAGAGAAUGCUGAAUGCAGGGAUUACAAAGGAAGAGCUCGGAACUGCUGAAAAUCCGCGUUUGUCCUUCUGGGAUUUCGGCGGCCAGGCGACUUACUACGGAACCCACCACUGCUUCAUCACCCACAGGGGAGUCUACAUCCUCGUCAUGUCUCUGCUGCAGAAACUGUCGGACCCUGUACCGGACCUGGACUACAAGGCGUCUGUGGACAACCUGAGAACGGGAGGGGACUACUUGGACCACUGGCUCAACACAGUUCGCUCUCACACUCUGCAACAUGAAGAGGGGAAGCAAAACGCAGAACAGGGCGGCCCCCAGUCGUCAUCACAUGACAGGACACCACGUGGGACAGGACGGCCUCCAGUCAUCAUCGUCCUCACGCACAAGGACAAGGUCUCUCCGGAAGACAUAGAGAAAUACAAAGAAGAAAUAUGGAGCCAUAUCGAGGACAAAAAAGCAGGAAAGCUGGUCGUGCCAAAAAUAUUUGCAGUAGACAACACGACUGAGGACUCAGCAGUUGACGAGAUUCGUGACUACAUACGGCAGGUGGUAAGAGGUCUGCCGCACAUGGGCGAGAAAAUCCCCAUCCCAUGGCUUCAUCUCAACUCAAAAUUGAAGAUCAAGAGGAAAGAGGGCCCGUUUUGCAAGUUCCGGGAAGUAGCGAAACUGGCCCGAGAUCCUGACAUCAACAUCACAGACGAGCACACCCUCGCCUUGGUUCUCACCUUCCUCCAUGAUCGCGGUGACGUCAUCUUCUUUGACGAGCCCAGCCUCCGUGAUGACGUCACCCUGCAGCCACAGGUGUUGAUUGACGUCUUUAAGACAAUCAUCACAGUUCCUCAGUAUCAGCAGAACAGAAAGACGGAUCCAAAGAUGGGAAAGAUGUGGAAGAAGCUGGAAAAGGAAGGAGUUCUCAGUGAUGAGUUUCUGACAAGGAUCUGGGAAGAGAAGGACCGAGAAUUAGAGAAGCCAUUUCUGAUGUAUCCAGACGUGCUCAAGAUGUUUGAGAGUUGGCUAGAACAGGAAGGAGUCCUCAGCAACAAUUUGCUGACAAGGAUCUGGGAAAAGAGGAGCCAUCAACUGCAGAAACCAUUUCUGCUCCAGCACAAGUCGUUCCUGAAGGCGCUCAUGGAGAAGUUCUAUCUCAUUUGCAACGCCACAUCAGUAGGUGAUGCCAAUGACGAAGCCCAACAGGAAGAGAUUUACUUCGUGCCUGCACUCCUCAGCUGCGAGAGGGACAACGCCUGGCUGUAUCCCGACAACAUGUACAUUUGUCCAGAGUCGCUCUACUUCGAGUUCAGUGAUCAGUUUCUACCCAGCGGCAUGUUCAGCCGUCUGCAAGCCUUGUGUGUGAGCAGGUUCGGACUGCAAGAGUCCUGCGUGUUUGCCGGUUGUGCUCGCUUUCCUACUGACGACAAGGAGCAAACGUUUGUCAUCACCAAGGUCCACCACUACUUGAAAGUGGAGCUUCUGUCGUCUUCUAACAUCUUCACAGAAGGUCUGCGGGUCAGGAAGUUCCUGAGUAGCGCCCUGUUCGAGAUCAAAGAGAAGUGGAUCCCCUGCAUCCAGUACGAGUUGUGCUGCUCUACACAACAAGAGGAUAGAGGUGAACCUGCAUUCCGGGUAUUGCCGACAGAAUAUCGGCCACUGAAACAGCUGUGGGGAAUACCAUCUGUGUUUCGAGCAGUCUGGAUGCCAGAUGGCUACCAACGCGAUCGCACAGUUAACUUAGGAGGGGACGGCCCAGGGAACCUCCAGCCAACGGGAGACCGGUACCCAUACACCAUCGCUGAGAUGCGGAAGAUCGGCCCCGUGUUGGACGCUUUGGAGAUGGCAGGAGGACUGACCCUGGAGCAGUGUGACCACAUCAGGAAACAGCCAACACCGAUACAGCGGGUCAAGGAUAUGAUGGAGCAGGGCGAAGUGAAUCCAUCCCAGCUGGGAGCAGCGGUGGAAAUGUGCUGCCCGGAGUUUGUGAAUGUCUUCCCGACAGAGAAACGAGGAAAAGUGCUUACCAUCCUCCACACAAACGACUGCACAGAGUUCGCCCAAUCUCUCCAGACAGCCGCUGGAAAGUCAGAACUGCCCUGCCACACGGAGGUCAUCACAACAACCGACACCGUCACAAAGAAAACAGUGGAACUUCUGUUUAACACCAAAAACAGAAUGGUUGCUCUGGUCAUCAGUCCCCAGACUCACAGGCACUGGUCAAAACUCGCCUACAAGUUCCCAGUUCAGAAUGAGAAGCUACUCCUACCGAUCCUGCUGUACCCACAGUGUGACCCAUACACCCCACACCCACACGGCCCCCGAGACAAGAUGCUCAAGACGCUGAAGCAACGGUCUCCUGUCCUGUACAACUUGGCAUGUGAGGAGAUACAGAUGAAAGAAGGGGAAGUUUCAGACGUGAAGCUACAGAGAAUCAUUCAGCAGGUCAUGACCGACGACACAAAGGGUUGUAAAGUACCCAUAGUCUUGUUGAUCAACGACGAGUAUGGAACUUCCAAGGGAGGAGUUUCUACCGUCAACUGCCAGGCGAGCCAAACCCUGCAGGGUAAGGCAGUCGUGUAUGCCACAGUCCUACAGCUGAAUGUACCCGAACAAGACCAGGAGGCAGCAAACAGAGACGACGUUACGCUGAUAGGGCCAGAUCCACGAGGGAGGGAGGGAGAGCCUACUUUAGACUGGCUGACCUACAGUCACAGGUACCACUUCCAAAACCUCCCCAAGAACGUCACAUGCAUCAUCGGCCAUGCCAACAUCACAGAUACGGCAGCACGAAACAUCAAGGAUGACCGCUAUCCACAGGCAGACCUCGUAACGUUCACUCACGUCAUACCUGAGGACACCGCGUACUUCAAGGGGGGGCAGAGGGCCAUGGAAGCUUGGGAGAUAGAGAAGAAAAUGCUUAAACAUGUUGACAACGCAAAGGCAGCUUUCUCUGUGGGAGAGCGGAUCUACAAGCAUUUUAUUCCUAAAUACGAAGGAGGCAAGAAACCAAGAGAGCACCACCUGUUCUUCCCGAGGCCAUCCAAGUUGUUUGAAGAAGUCAAAAUCCAACCUAAAAGCGGGAAAGGUGCGUUGGUGGUCCUGUGUAUCGGAAGAGUGAAGAAUGUUGAGAAUCUGAAAGGUUACAACCUUGUGGCAAGGGCCAUUGGGAUUGUCAGAAAGUAUCUGAAGGAUCUGCAAUGGAUCACGCGAGGCAUCAGCAAGGAUGAUUGGAAGGAGAGCUUAAAGAUCCUGGUGGCCAACCUGAACAGCCCCGACCUGAACCCCACCCUGUAUCCGUACGGGACUCAGGAGGACAUCAGGGACGACAUGAUGAUGGCCCACCUGGUCCUGAUGCCGUCCCGCUCCGAGCCGUUUGGACUGGUCGGCCUGGAGGCCAUCGCAGCAGGCAUCCCCGUCCUCAUCUCCGACAAGUCAGGACUGGCGGAUAUGAUCCAGAAGCUCGUUGACGAGGAGAAGUUGCCAAGGGGCCUCCUGAACAGAAUCGUGGAGACCAGCGUGCGAGACAGCGACAUGGACAAAACUGCCGGAAAGUGGGCUGACAAAAUCCGCGAAACUCUGAGGGACACUAAGAAGGCAUUCACACAGGCAAAGGAGUUCAAAGAUGCGCUUAAGAAGUCCAAGUACUGGGAGGACUCAGAGAGAGAGUUCCUGCGAGCCUGCGGUAUCACAGACGACAUGCCAAGCGGUGGAAUCUCGCCUUCUUCUGACGAGUAGCAGUCGGUGAGAACAGCCCGCAGUUAAGUUUGUCUUUGAUACAAGAUCAUAGGAAUGUUGGAGGGUGGACAUUGAUGAGAAUUUGACAGCAGAUAUAGAGUGUUUGUAGGAUAAGUGUAUGUGUGUUUUUGUCAAGUGACACUUCUGGGGAUUGUCGCGUCCCCCAAAGUAGCCAAAUUUUCAUUAUGUGUUUCGUUCAAAACAUUCGUCAAAGAUAAAUGUACAGGUUUGUCAUGACAAGCUUGCUGAAUCAGCUCAGUUAUGACUAAUGCCUGUCGUCUUUAGCAUCAGACAUGGUGUAAAUAGAAGACUUUAAUAGACAAUAUUUUGAUUUUACACGUCUUUGAUCAGAAGUAUUCUUUGGGUAUAAUAUGACCGUUCAGGAGUCAAAGUAUUGUAAAAUAAUUGUUGGGUUUCAGAAGCCGUCAGCUCAUGUGUUCAAGUAAUGGUGUACAGUUAUACAGUGUGCAUGAUAGGUGAAUGUUACAUAUUGUAGAAUUAAUUAUCCUUAUUGACGUUGACAAAAAUGGUGAUAGAAUACUCGUGGUAUCUAUGUAUACUUUUUUUAGUAGUAUAGAGAGGUAGUUCCAGAUGUUGUGUUGAAAUGUUAUAGAUUAGAAUUUUCUUUUGCAAAUGAUUUGAUAAUGAUGUUCCAGGAACAACUUGUGGGAAGGGAACACAAUGCAUAUAUGGUGUAGAGUUAAACAGUGUGUAUGAUAGGUGAAUGUUACAUACUGUAGAAUGUAUCCUUUUUGACAUUGACUUAAAUGGUGGUAGAAUACUCGUGGCAUCUGUAUAGAUAUGGAGAGGUAGUUUCAGAUUGAUGUUUGGGAUAUUAGCCUGUUGGUGUGUUAGAAUACGUUGUUGUUAUACAGUAUGUACAGGUGACUUUUGACCACUUGUAAAAUGUUAUAGAUUAGAAUUUUCUAUUGAAAUGAUUUGAUAAUGAUGUCCCAGGAACAAAUUGUGGGAAGGGAACACAAUGCAUAUAUGGUGUACAGUUAAACAGUGUGUAUGAUAGGUGAGUGUUACAUAUUGUAGAAUUAAUUAUCCUUAUUAACAUUGACUUAAAUGGUGGUUGAAUACUCGUGGUGUCUACGUAUAGAUAUAGAGAGGUAGUUCCAGAUUGGUGUUGAGAUGUUAUAGAUUAGAAUUUUCUAUUGAAAUGAUUUGAUAAUGAUGUCCCAGGAACAACUUGUGGGAAAGGAACACAAACAGUGUGCAUGAUAGGUGAAUUUUACAUAUUGUGAAAUGUAACAAAUUAACCUUAUUGACAUUGACGUAAAUGGUAAUAGAAUACUCGUGGUGUCUAUGUACAGAUAUAGAGAUAGUUCCAGAUUGAUGUUUGGAUUCUCAGAAACCAAAGAAGUGAGAAAAAAUGCCGGAUAUUAGAAGCAGCCUGUUGGUGUGUUAGAACAUCUUAUAGAUUAGAAUUUUCUAUUGCAAAUGAUUUGAUAAUGACGUUCCAGGAACAACUUGUGGGAAAGGAACACAAUGCAUAUAUGGUGUGCAGUUAAACAGUGUGUAUGAUAGGUGAAUGUUACAUACUGUAGAAUGUAUCCUUUUUUAAAUU